AUGCCGCUCUAUGACGUAGAAUACGUGUGCUCCAUAUCGGAAAAGACAAUGGCAACACUUGCACAAGCCAUUACAGAAUGCCACGCCAAUCGGUUCGCAACUCCCAAGUUCUUCAUCAAUGUCCGCUUCACGGACGUAAGCCGGCAAGUUGUCUUUCGCGGUGGAAAGCCCCAGAAAUACAAUCGCAUCAUUUUACGCACCAGGGCAAGCAACCAGAGGUCUACCGACCUAUACAAUGAGCACUGCAGGGACAUUAUGAGAAUAUGGGACGAGGUUGUUGGAAAUGACAAGGAUAUGGCCUUGCGGACCGUCUGGGUCAUGGGGGCGCUGACGACGGCGGUGGAAGCGGGCAUUGAGAGACCAAAGGUUGGCGGAGAGCUGCAGUGGCUUAAAGAUCACAGGGGAGAGUUUCGAAGGCGUGCUGAUGACGGCGACGAGGAGAUGCAGGCACUGAUGCAUGAAUUGGCAACUAGACCUGAAUUUGCCGGCGUCAAUGAUGCAGGAUAG